AUGGCUGUACCUGUCAUUCUGCUGGUUCUGUGCUGGCCAUUCAGACUGAGCUGCAGUGCGAGUACACCUGGAUGGUUCCACAAUAUUUCCACCAAUCUCUUCAAUUUGUCUGGGGAUGUUACGCUCGGAGGGCUCUUUCCCAUUAACCAGCUCACCAGCAACCUCAGCCAGAGGAGGGAGCCUGACAACAUCAGCUGUGAAAGUAUAAAUGAGCGUGGACUUGGCCUCGCUCUCGUUAUGAAAUAUGCAGUGGAUGAGAUCAAUGCAAAACAAAUUCUGCUCCCAGGCGUCAAGUUGGGUUAUGAAAUCUAUGACACAUGCACACAAUCUGCAGUCGUUGUGAAGCCUGCCAUCUCCUUUCUCACUGCAAAAUCAAACAGAGUGCUAACUGCGCAGUGUAAUUACACCAACUAUGAAACCAGCAUAUCAGCCGUGAUUGGUCCGUAUACCUCGGAAAUGGUGUCAGUCAUAGGAAAACUCCUGGGAUUCUUUCUGGUGCCACAGAUUAGCUUCGGUGCCACCAGCGACAAAUUCAGUGACAAACUUCUCUACCCGUCAUUCUUCCGUACGGUGCCCAGUGACAAAUGGCAGGUGGAAGUCAUCGUGCUUCUGCUGUUGGAGUUUAAAUGGAACUGGGUGGUGGUGGUGGGCAGUGAAGAGGAGUAUGGUCAACGAGGCGUGCAGGAAUUCUCCAAAUUAGCAGAAAAUAAGUCUGUCUGUGUGGCCUACCAGGGGCUGAUCCCAGUCUACACUGACCCCGAACCAGCGGUCAAAACCAUCAUCGACAAUAUCAACGAAACCAACGUCGGAGUGGUGGUGGUCUUUUCUCUCCCAGAGCAAGCUGAGGUCUUUUUUAGAGAGGUCAUCAGGAGGAAUGUAACAGGCGUGUGGAUAGCCACCACCAGCUGGGCAAUCCAUAACGCAGUGACUUCUCUCCCCAAUAUUGAAAAAAUCGGAACAGUCAUUGCCUUCACUGAUAAUUUGCAGACCCUGAGUCAGCUCACCGCCUACACAGAGGAGCUCUUCAUUAAACUGAGCGAGGAGAGGGCAAAUAAGUCCCCCCCAGCGGCCACUUCUGACAGUCCCUGCCCACAAUGCUGGAACUUGUCACCUGCUAAUAUCAGCUUGGUGACAGACCCUGCAGUGCAGCGCACAGCCUUCAGUGUGUAUGCUGCCGUCUACAGUGUGGCACAGGCACUGCAUAACCUGCUGGGAUGCAAUUCAACUGCCUGUAAGAUGGGACCUGAAACCAAAAUCUACCCAUGGAAGCUGUUGGAGGUUUUAAAGAAUACAUCUGUAGACAUAAAUGGCACACAUUUCAUAUAUGACAGUAAUGGCAACCCAAACAUAGGAUACAAUUUGGUUCAGUGGGUCUGGAAAGACUCUAAUUUAGAAUUCACGAAUGUUGGAAACUUUUUUGAAACAUUGGUGAUCAACAAGUCCCUCUUCCAAUGGCACACUGAAAACUCAGAGGUCCCCGUGUCCACCUGCUCAGCAGAUUGUAAGACAGGCCAGGUCCGCCGAGUCAAAGGUUUCCACUCCUGCUGUUUCGAUUGUAUUGACUGUUUGCCAGGCACCUACCAGAAAAAUAAAGAGGACAUUCAGUGCAGUAAGUGCCCUGAGGGUCAAUGGUCUGUGAUCCGCAGCACUGUUUGCACUAAUCCCACCUUUGACAUUUUGUCAUGGGACACACCUGAAGCUCUGGAAAUGAUGCUGGCCGGGGUGCUGCUGCUGGUAUGUCAGGGGUCAGUGGGUGUUGUGUUCCUGAUGCACCGGGGGACCCUUUUGGUAAAGGCCUCAGGGGGAGCCCUGAGUUUUGUGGCUCUGGUAAGUCUGAUGGGAGCUUGCACCAGCCUGCUGCUCUUCCUGGGGGAGCCAGGGAACGUGGUGUGUCGUCUUCAGCUGCCCCUCACCUCCAUUUUCCAAACAGUGGCCCUCUCCAUUAUCACAUCCAUCUCACUACAGAUAGUCUAUGUGUCAGAGUUCCCAAAGAUGGCCGCCUCUCACCUGCAUGUAUUAAGAGGCCCUGGAAGCUGGCUGUUUCUGCUCGUCUGCUGUGCUGUGCAGGCUGGUAUCUGUGGCUGGUUUGUUCAAGAAGGGCCCUCGCUGUCUGAACACAUGGCAACUAUGAAAAUAAACUUUGUGAGAGCAUUUCUGUCAUGUCCAGUGUUACCCUUGUCCGGAUUUGCUUUAAUGCAAGGUUUCAACGGCGCAAUGGCCCUCAUAUCAUUCAUGUGCACCUUCAUGGCAGUAAAGCCUCUUCAUCAGUACAACCUUGCGAGGGACAUCACCUUUUCCUCGCUGAUCUACUGUGUGAUUUGGGUGACCUUUAUUCCGAUCUACAUAGGCUUGGAUGACAAGUACAGGUCUAUUGUCCACAUUUGCUUUGUGCUGAUAAGCAACUUCGGACUGGUGGCAGCCUACUACUUCCCAAAAUGCUACUUGCUGUUGAGAAGACCUGAGCUCAAUACAGCAGACCACUUCUGUACCUUCCUAGAGGGGGUCCCACCAACACCAGCUCAGAAAGAACCAGAGACACAGACCGAAUCAGAGCAAUAAACCAAAGUGCAGUUUUAUGUAUAAAAACUCAAAGUAUGUAAGAAUCACAUAUUGUGUAAAAUUUACAUUUGCAUGCUUUGAAUGUGAACAAAUAAUGUUUGUGAAUUUAACUAACUUGUGCCUGCAGUACAGGCUGUAAAACAUACCGUACAUUUGGUAUAAUAAGUUGACUUGUAAUGUAAUAUGAAGCAAUAAUCAUGGAAAACACAAGCUCAUGUACAAAAACACAGGGACAGUACAUUAUACAACUUAAAUGUACAUUUUCUAUAUUUGCAUUAUGAU